AUGUACCAUGCGAACUCGAGCCCGGCCUGGCUUCCGCCGCCGCAGCCUGGCGACGGGCCGUAUCAGCAGCAUCAUGCUUACCAUUACGGUCAAGACGCCAGCGCUGCGGCAUCGCAGACCUUAGUAGCCUAUCAGCCGUCGCCCCCGCAGAUGGCUGGCCAAUGGGGCGCGCAGCAGCCUCCUGCUCCCCCGCAAGCUUUGCACCAUUGGGGCCCGCCGCCGUCGCCAUCCCCACCCAUGCAGGUGGUGGUUCAUCAGGAGCAGCAGCCGCAGCAGCCAUCACCGCAAGGCUUCAACGCGCGCGUGAACGGGGCGCUGCGGAAGCCCGGCAAGCUGGCGUCGCAGUCGCUGGGCAGCAUCAACGAGAGCUACAAGCAGAAGAAGCAGCUAGCGUCGCAGUCGGUCACGAAUCUGAACGACGGCCUGCAGCGGCGCCAGAAGAUGGCGUCGCGGUCGGUCAGCAAUCUGCAGGACCGCGGAAACCAGUACAUGGCCCACACGGUGGCCCUGUGCGAUUUGAUCUCGUCAAAACUGGAUCAGAUCAUCACUUCCAUUGACGACGAGGUCUUCAGCGGUAAUGAGCAGGAGCUCGUCAUAUACGAGCACCCUCCGGAGCCGCAUCAAAGCUCCCUGGAUGUGUCAAAGGGCAAUAAUCAAAAUAUUGCCGCUGUCGCAUCCUAUAGCAAUCAUUUCAGCAAGGUUUGGCUUUACGCGAACUCGCGCCUGCCGCCGCACCUACCACCGCUCAAGGUGUACAUGCCGACCUGGCCACUGCUGUGCCUGGCCGCGCAGUACUCGGAGAAAGUGUACCACAAGCCGGCGCCCGGCGAUGCCGAAGCCGACGAGAGCGAGACGCACGUCGAGCCGGACUGGCGGCAGGGCACCAAGGCCAUGGUGAUCAAGAGCGUGCCCGUCGACGACAUGAACACGAUCGUCUUCGCCAUCCGCGGCAGCGCGGGCUUCAUGGACUGGGCCGUCAACUUCCGGCCCGCGCCGACGACGCCCAAGGGCUUCCUGGACGACGAGGGCAACCUCGUGCACUCGGGCUUCCUGUACGUCGCCCGCAAGAUGGUGGCGCCCGUGGCCGCGCGCCUGCAGAGCCUGCUCCGCAAGAACCCCAAGCGCGCGACGUGCUCGCUGCUCAUCACGGGCCACUCGGCCGGCGGCGCCGUCGCGAGCCUGCUAUACGCCCACAUGAUGUCGACGACGGUCUCGUCGGAGCUGAACCAGCUGACGCAGCUGUUCAAGCGCGUGCACUGCGUCACGUUCGGCGCGCCGCCCGUGAGCCUGCUGCCGCUGCGCAAGCCCGAGAACCCGGCCGAUCGCAAGUGGAAGAAGAGCCUGUUCUUCGGCUUCAUCAACGAGGGCGACCCCGUCGUGCGCGCCGACAAGGACGUCAUCAAGAACAUGCUCCGGCUCUACGCUACCCCCGCGCCCCGGACGGCGGCUCCUCCGAACAGCAAUAGCUGCGCAUUAACGAGCAUGUCGAGCUUAGCACUUGCAAGCUCAACCAGCUUGCUACCCGGUUCCAACAGCGGGAAGAAGCAGCAGAAGAAGAAGACCAAGUCUAACAGCUGGUCGUCGGCAUCCGGUGGCAGCACUAACCCUUCCAAGCCUCCCCCGCCGACAUGGAACGUCCCGCCGGGCGUUCUGAGCUGCGCGGGCAGGCUGAUCCUGCUGCGAGACCGCCCCGGCGCGUCGAAUCCGCCCAAUCCGCUCGGCGAGCUAAACGUCGAGGCAUGCACCGUCGCCGACGAGGAGCUGAGGGCCGCCGUGUUCGGCGACCCCAUGUGCCACAUGAUGAAGCUGUACGCCAGGCGGAUCGAGGUGCUGGCGACGAGGGCGGUCACGGCGGGGGGGAUGGAUUUGAGGUGA